AUGCCUUGCGCUAAUUCAAUAACAGAAACAGGCGAUUUUCUCGUGAAAGGUCUCCACUUUCCUGUAGGAAUUCCACCAUUUUUACCGAAAAUGGGUGCCAGUUUAAGCCACAGCUUGGAGAUUGAAGAGGCAAGAAAGUCUUUCUCCGAACAUGAGAUGCGCAAACUUGUUGGAUCGUUUGAGAAAAUUGCAAGUCACGACGGAGAAAAUCGACAGAUUUUGACAGUGGACCCAUUCCAGAGUUUUACAUCCUGGUUGCUACCUGCACAAGUUAGCCAAAGAUUCUACAAAGAAAUGACCAACAUUCAAAAGAGCCUAGGGCAAGACAUCCCUGAAGAUCAUGUCAGCAUUGACGCCUACAUUGUUACCAUGUCGCACAUGUUCAAAAAGGGGCGUGACCAAAAGGCACAUAUCUUUUAUCUGGUAGCAUCAGACUCAAACACUGUUAAUUCAUCAGAUGUCGCAACGUUGUGCUCCCUAUUUCUUAAUGCCUAUACAAUUGCUCUUGAGAGCACAUCAGUAGGAGCUAAAUGGAAACUCAAGUCAACACCUCAAGACUCUGAGCGUUUUGUCCAAAUGGCAAUGAAGGAAUUAUUAGGAAGCAAAAAGCAGCCAUGUGAAUUGACCACAGAGGAUCUGAUUGCUUGGUUCAGCAGAUUCCCCCUGAUAGAGCAUUUGUUUAGUGCCAUCAUACGAGCUUGUUUUAUCGACUUGGAGAGUAUAGUUGAGGAGCAUCCACAUGGUCUGUCUGAGGGCUGCGAAGAAACCAUAGGACACAUCCAGUAUGAUAGAUCUCACAUCUUGGUGCCUUGCAAACUUCAAGUGGACUUCAGCAAGAUAGACACACUACUGGACCUUCCCUCCAUCCUUGUCCUCAAUCACAAUCUACCCUCAAACCUGAGGCAUUCAUGGAGGCUUCUUUUUUCCACCAAGAAGCAUGGAGAGAGUUUCCACUCAUUCGUGCACAAGAUAACUCAUCAAGGUCCUACGCUGCUGGUCGUACGUGAUGAAGAUGGACAUGUGUUUGGUGGGUUUGCCUCACAGAGCUGGGCUAUCAAAUCACAUUUUGAUGGUGAUAGUCACUGUUUCCUGUUCAGCCUCCAUCCUUCCCUAGCAUUAUACCACCCGACAGGAUACAAUGAGAAUUACAUGUACCUCAACAUGAACAUGCAGACAUUACCCAACGGCCUGGGUAUGGGAGGCCAGUAUGAGUACUUUGGCCUAUGGCUCCAGGACAGCUUUGGUCCAGGGCAUUGCCGGGGUGAUCCCUGCACGACGUAUGGCAACCCUCAGCUAUCAGGGAAGGAGAAGUUCAAGAUAGACGUGUUGGAGGUGUGGGGAGUGGGCGUGCCGCCAGAAGCACAGGCCCGAGAACACAGCGUGCUAGACACGGAGGUGGAGGCCAAAGCAUUCCUGGAAAUCACUGGAAAGGAGAUGCACAGUGAAGGCUACAGGGAACCAGAGCCCAUGAACGAGUAGCACAACAAUGACUUACGAACUGUUAUUUAUAAGUCCCACUUUAAAUAACUUGGAAUUGGAAUUAAGCAUCAGAAAUAAGAAAAGGAAAUAAAUGGGUACAAUGUCAGGGGAAUGGAUUUUAAAACUAUUAAAAUGCAUGGGUUAUGAAAAAAUUAUUAAGAAUUUUUUUUAUUUACACAAUAUAAAUUAGAAUCUAAAUUGUCCCAAGUACUAAAUGCACCAGAAAUCGUGUAAUUUGUUCCUACAUGUUAAACAAAUGUAAGUUUGUUUGAUGUAAGUUUAUCAUUUGUUUUUGAGGUUAUUAUUGCUGUUUUUUUGUAUAUAAAAGUGUUAUAAUAAACAUAAUGGGAAAGUC